AUGGCCGACAAGGAGGCGACAGUCUUCAUCCUGGACCUCGGCGCGUCCAUGGCCAAGGCCAACAGCGGGCGCCGCGAGUCGGACCUGGACUGGUGCAUGCGCUUCGUUUGGGACAAGAUCACCGACAUUGUCUCUGCCAACCGCAAGACCCUGUGUGUCGGCGUGCUCGGCCUACGCACGGAUGAGACCAGCAACAUCCUGCAGGACGAUGACGGCUACGAGAAUAUCUCGGUCUUGCAGGACCUGGGACAGAUGACCAUGCCCGGCUUGCGGUCCUUGCAGGCCUCCAUCGCACCCAGCAAGACCUGGUCCGGCGACGCGAUAUCCGCCAUUGUCGUUGCCGUCGACAUGAUCGACACCUUUACCAAGAAGCUCAAGUACAUUCGAAGAGUCUACCUCAUCACCGAUGGCCAGGCGGACAUGGACGCAGACGAUGUCAGCGACAUUGCCAAGAAGAUGAAUGACUCCAACAUCCAAUUGACCGUCUUAGGUGUCGACUUUGACGAUGCCGAGUACGGUUUCAAGGAAGAAGACAAGUCGCCCACCAAGGCAAGAUCUCUCCAUGUCGGCCAACUGAAGCGCUCUAACCACGGCAUGUUUGCAACCAUGGCGGAGGCCAUCGACGACCUGCAAACCCCCCGGGCCAAGGUUGUUAAGCCGUACAAGACCUACGACGGUCUUCUUACUCUCGGCGACCCAGAAAGCCCGACUGCAAUGAGCAUCGGAGUCGAGCGAUACUUCAAGACUCAUCUCGCGCGGCCGCAAGGCGCGAGCACCGUCGUCGUCAAAUCAGAGACUCAAUCAACUCAAACCCUGGACGAGGACGCCAUGGAGGGAGUCGACUUCUCCGCGGUAAAACAGGCAAGGACCUACAAGGUCAACGACCCAGACGCGCCCGGCGGCAAACGCGACGUCGAGUAUGAGUCGCUUGCCAAGGGAUACGAGUAUGGCAGAACCGCGGUGCAUAUCAGCGAGUCAGAGCACAACAUUACCAAGAUUGAGACGUUGAAAAGCUUUUCAAUCGUCGGCUUCAUCCCGUACGACAAGUAUGAACCGUUUCUCAACAUGGGCGAGGCGUGCGUCACAUACGCGCGCAAGAACGAUGCCAAGUCCGAGAUUGCCCUGUCUUCCCUGAUUUGGGCAUUGCACGAACUGGGGUCCUAUGCGGUGGCUCGCAUCGUGCCCAAAGACGGCAAGGAACCACUGCUGGUGCUUUUGGCGCCGGGCGUGGAAGCCAAGUUUGAGUGUUUAUAUGACAUCCCGCUCCCCUUUGCAGAAGACGUCCGCGGCUAUCAAUUUCCUCCCCUCGACAGAGUUAUUACUGUCAGUGGACAGGUUUUAACGAAGCACCGGCUGCUGCCGUCAGAGGAGCUGUCCAAGGCGAUGGACGACUACGUUGAUGCCAUGGAUUUUUCCAGCAGUGCAUCUGAAGAUAACCAGGAAGCUGAAGAGUAUGCUCCCAUCGACGAAACCUACAAUCCAUCCAUCCACCGAAUCAACCAUGCCAUCAAGCAGCGCGCAGUACAUCCCGAGGAGCCCGUGGCAGAGACCCCGGCUGAGCUGCUGAAAUUCUCUGCGCCGCCAGAGUACUUGAUAGAGAAAGUCCGUGGACAAAUCGAUGUGCUCAUAGAUGCUGCAGAAGUCAAGAAAGUGCCACCAAAGGCAAAGGGCAGACGGCAUCGGGAGGCCGUCAAGCCCAUAUCCGGCCUGGAUGUGGACGCCCUGCUCGGCGAAGAGAGAAAAGGCCGAGUGUCUCCGGAAAAUCCGGUCCCAGAUUUCAAGAGAGCACUUGCUGUGGCGGAGGAGGUCGGGGAGAUCGAAGAGGCAGCGAAGCAGAUGGGGGCUAUCGUGCGGUCACUGGUUACAGACAGCUUUGGCGACAGCAAGUACGCCCAGGCAAUGGAGUGCAUCGGCACAAUGCGGGACGAGUUGACAAAUCUCGAGGAGCCGGACGUGUACAACUCUUUUGUCCGCGACCUGAAGAAGGGGCUGUUGUCCGGCGCGCUUGGUGGCGACAGGAGAGAUUUUUGGUUCAAGGUCCGGUGGUCACGACAAGGACUCAUCGACCAAGAGCAGUCAGAGGUCUCCAAGGUCACACAUGAAGAAGCCGAAGAGAAAUAG